AUGUCAGGGACAGCUCAGAAAGGCCUACGGCAAAUUCUCCAAAAGUCUCCGUCCGAUGUCGUCAUCCUCUCUUCACUGCGAACAGCAGUCACCCGGGCUAACAAAGGCGGAUUCAAAGAUGCCUACCCCGAAGAACUGAUAUCUCAUGUUCUGCGCGCGACACUCGCGGCGAACCCGCAGCUGGACCCGACCUUGAUCGGUGAUGUGGCCAUUGGAAGCGUUCUACAAGAGUUGGGUGGCACGAAGGCCGCGCGAAUGGCUCAGAUUCAUGCCGGUUUCCCACCUACAGUACCUUUCCAUACCGUCAGCAGGCAGUGCAGCUCUGGGUUGGCAGCUAUCACCGCCGUUUCACAUUCAAUCUCCGUGGGUGCGAUAUCCGUUGGAAUUGGCGGGGGCAUGGAAUCCAUGACGCGCAAUUAUGGUUCGCGGGCCCUUCCUACGGUUCUGUGGCCGGAACUGCGCGACUCGCCCUCCAAGGAUGCGAGAGACUGCAUCAUGCCGAUGGGCAUCACAUCUGAGAAUGUUGCGGAGCGGUACGGUAUCACGCGCAAGGAUCAAGACUUGUUUUCUGCAGAGUCCCAUAAAAAAGCUGCGGCGGCACAGGAGAAGGGACUGUUCGAUGCCGAAAUUAUACCCAUUACAACUAAAACGUUCCCUGAGGGUCAGCCUGAGGGGCCAGCGACGGAAAUUACGGUCACUAAAGAUGACGGCGUCAGGGCGUCGAUCUCCCUUGAGAAACUAGCUACUCUUAAACCAGCGUUCUCGGCAGCAGGAUCAAGCACCGCUGGAAAUAGUUCUCAGGUCAGUGAUGGUGCGGCUGCCACGUUGCUCAUGCGACGCUCCACAGCAACAGAACUUGGCCUCACGUCCGGCAUCAUCGGAAAAUGGGUAUCCACGCAAGUAGCCGGUUGCGCUCCUGAUGAGAUGGGUAUUGGCCCUUCCGUUGCUAUUCCCAAGGUUCUAUCACACACCGGCCUGUCGAUCUCCGAUGUUGGAAUCUGGGAAAUCAACGAGGCGUUCGCAAGCCAAGCUAUCUACUGUAUUCGAAAACUGGGAAUUGAUGAAAGCAAGGUUAACCCCAAGGGUGGGGCAAUUGCCUUGGGACACCCGUUGGGGGCAACUGGUGCGAGGCAGCUUGCAACUCUGCUCCCGGAGAUGGAGAGGCAGGGAGAGCGGGUUGGAGUUGUGAGCAUGUGUAUUGGAACGGGAAUGGGAAUGGCAAGUGUGUUUGUCCGGGAAUAG